UGUCAAGUGGUAAAAUAAUAUAAGAAAAAAUGGUUCAAUGCAAAAAAUGCAAAUUGUUUGUAUCAGUUACUAAAGAUGAGAUCGUUAAGUGUAAAGGAAGCUGUGAAACUGUGUUUCAUAAAAAGUGUGCCCCAAAAAAAUACGAAUUAUGUGAAGAGUGUAAAAACAAGGUGUCAAUUGCAAUAGAUGUCGAUUUAAAUAAAAUGACGGUAGAAGGUGUGCUUUCUGAGGUCAAUAAUAAACUCGAAAUAUUAUUUAAAAUGGAAAAAAAGCUUGAAGAAUUGACGGAAACUGUUGACUUCUAUGCAGAACAGUACCAAAAGAUAUUGGAAUUCAAAGAAACAGCUGAUAAAAAAAUUAAAUCUUUAGAGCAAAAAAACAUAUACCUUGAAAAAUACAUUAAGUCAAUAGAAGAAAGAAUGAUUGAUGUCGAGCAAAAACAACGUGAAAAAAAGGUAGAAGUGAUUGGACUGGAGAGGCAACCAAAUGAGGAUAUAAAACAAGUUAUCAUUGAUAUGUCAAAAAAGCUCAAUUUGGAUUCAACUGAAAUUGAAGAUGUUAUAAGGGUAGGUAGAAUGAAGCAGGAUGAUAAGCGACCGCAGCCAGUUGUUGUCACCUUACGAACUAAAACUUCAAGAAACCAAUGGUUACAGAUAAAGCAAAAGAUUGAUAAUAACUUUAUAUACAGCAAUAGAAGCAGCCGAUCCAUUUACAUUAAUGAAAAUCUCUCCUCUGCUAUAAAACAGCUAUUUUGGACUGCGAGAAUACAACUAAAACCUACUUAUAAAUAUGUAUGGCAUCCAAUAAAUACAAGAGACGCAGCCGUGUUGGCGAUAUCAGACGCCCAGUACGUAGCCCCACUGGUCCAGACUGGGGACUUCCUCAGUGUAGCCAAGAGCUCACCAGACUCCGGACCGAAUACUUUCUUCUACGUGUUUGAUUACCAGACCAAAGAUGGCGACUACCCUCAGAUAGCUCUAAGUAUACAUGAUGGAGCAACAUUAAAGCGAGCUGCUACAAUUAAACUUACUGGAGCAAUGAAAGCAGUCCUUAAAACAAGCACUCAAAAUGGUAAUCAAACGCUUAUGUUCUCAUCAAACGGCAGUACUCUAGUGGAAAGUCAAACAAAAUUAACCAGCAAUUUGGUGCCCGCAAAAUUCCUUGACCCUUUUACAUUCGCAAAUUCUAUUGCAGGCAUGAAACCGCGUAUGAAAAACCAUUAUCGUGCCCACCAGCUGUCCGUGUGGCUACGGCUGAUCCCAGAGAUCCACAGGGCCGGGAUGAAGGACGUGGUCGCGAAACACAACCUUUUUAGAAACCACAACGAUCCGGAACUAUACGACGGGCUGGUGCGACCCGAUCCGCUCACCCGAGCGAACUAUUUUGACCCGACCCUUGAGCUAUAUCGGCGACCUAUCUACAAUGUUACAUUAGACAUACCGUCCACUACAAUGGACACGUACGUGACUACCUGUAUUAGUGUCAUGUCAGCGAGGCCAGGGUCCGCUGUCACUCAAAGUCACGCAGCAAACAAUACGAGUGCCCAAGACGUGUCUAAUUUAGAAGUUGCAGGAUACACGGCUUAUUCCACCGCUUUAAGUGUUACUAUCGCUAUAGGAUGUUCACUGCUAAUACUGAACGUAUUAAUAUUUGCCGGCGUAUACUAUCAGCGAGAUAAAACCCGGUUGCAAGUGAAAGCAUUGCAGCAACAACAGAAGAGGAAUCAUAAUUCGACGUUCGACAGCGUCUCCUCUAAACAUCCCCAUUACUUCGUCGGGCAUUCACAAAGUUCCAGCACCAUAGUAGAUAUCGAUCACCAAGAUAAGAACGCUAUUAUAGCAAUGACAAACAGAGUACCCCACUUUACUAGUUCGAACUGUCCCAAUGUUUGCCACACGGGAAUUCAGAUGUCGAAUUUGUCGCAGAAAACUAGUCCACCUACGAAUAGAGGGCAAUGUACAACUUUACCGAGAAAGGUGGGGUUCAGUUACCAACAGCAGAAUCAAAUAUGCAACGCCUCCAAUUGCAUGACCUUACCGAAGAAUGCAACAUUUAUGAGUAGCGCGAGUAAUUUGCCCGACGUCCAAGCUCAAACUGGGCAGUCUCAAGGUCCUGGAAAUGGUUCAGUGCUUCCACCCCCCUCUUCGCCCCCCUCGCAGCAUUUCCAAAAGUCUAGAGUGCCCCAAGCGGCUAUGUCAGAAAUGAAUGUAUGA